UUGAAAUUGCUCUUUAUAUUCCAUCGUAGGUGGCGCUUCAUAUACCCAUGUUUUUUCCUUUUUUGUGCGACAUCGUGGCUUACCCAAGCACCAAGAUGCAAUUGUUUGUCCGAGCUGACGAGACCCACACCCUUGAGGUGACUGGUGAAGAAUCUAUUGCUGAUCUGAAGGCUAAGAUCCAGGAGCUGUCUGGCUUCUCUGCCUCUGAGCAGGUCCUGUCCUGCUGUGGCGCACCCCUGGAUGAGGACAUCACCCUCUCCCAGAAUGGACUCGUUGACCUGAUGACCCUUGAGCUCUCCGGACGUCUGCUCGGAGGAAAAGUUCACGGCUCCCUCGCUCGUGCUGGUAAAGUGCGAGGUCAGACCCCCAAGGUUGACCCCCAGGAGAAGAAGAAGAAGAAGGUCGGACGUGCCAAGCGCCGCAUGCAGUACAACCGCCGAUUCGUCAACGUUGUUCAGACCUUCGGCAAGAGGCGUGGACCCAACUCCAACUCCUAAGCUGUCAUUCCCUGUCAGAGAAUGUUGCAUGAAACAAAUUGUAAAAUAGUCGAUGUGUUGAUCAGAUAAUAAAACCUAGUCUGCUCUUGUGCAACAGCAA